GGCGCAGAACACGACGGAUCGGAGGGAGACUUGUUCGAAAACCGAGAUUUCUGUCGAUGUUCCUCCAAGAUAAGCGCUCCUCGGACUCUGGAAAUUGAUUUCAGGUGCGAUAAGGUUCGAAUAGUUCAGCCUGAAUUCCAGUCAUGGUUCGCUUCGGACAGUGUGUAAUCGGACCUCCGGGAUCCGGAAAGACCUCGUAUUGCGCGGCGAUGGCUCAGUAUCUGGAAGGGCAGGGUCGAAAAUUCGCGAUCGUGAAUCUCGACCCCGCGAACGAUGAGCUGCCUUACACAGCGACUGUGAAUCUUGCCGAUCUCAUUAAGGUGGCGGACGUCAUGCAAACGCUGAGCCUCGGACCGAACGGAGCUCUGGUGUAUUGCGUGGAAUACUUGGAGAAGAACGUGGAUUGGUUGCUCAACCAACUGAACAAGCUCUCGAGCGACACCUAUAUUCUGCUCGAUUGUCCUGGACAAGUGGAGCUUUACACUCACCACAGCAGCAUAAGAGAUAUUCUUCAUUCCCUUCAACGGGAGGAAUUCAGGUUCACUGUGGUCCAUUUGGUCGACGGUCAUUAUUGCUCCGAUCCCGGGAAGUACAUUUCGAUUCUGCUUUCUUCUCUGAGCAUGAUGAUAAAUAUCGAAAUGCCUCACAUAAACGUUCUCUCGAAGUUCGACCUGGUGGAUAGCGAUAGUUUAGCUUUCGACUCCGAGUACUAUGCGGGUGUUAUGGAUCUUGACAAAAUCUGCGAUCUCCUAUGUGACGAUCCAUUCAUGAAGAAAAAUCAAGCGCUCAGCAAGGCGAUAGCGGGAGUUGUUGAGAACUACGCCCUCGUGGGAUUUCAUCUAUUGAAUAUCAAGGACAAGAAGACCCUGAAGAAAAUCCUGAGCGAAGCAGAUAAGGGAAACGGAUGGAUGUUCGGUCAAGCAACAGAGCGCAUGAUGGAAGAACAAUACAGUUCUAGACUCGGAUAGUCCUCAAAAUGUCUGGUUUCCGAAUUGUUGAUAGAUUGUAUAAAUAAAUCAUAUUCUCGAUUU